UACUUUGCUGCCUCCUCUGCAGCUGCCAGACCUGCUUCUGCUGCUGCUCAGGGAGAGCAUCUGGGGAGGACCUUGCUGACCACUGAGAAGAUGAUGAGCUCAAGCUAUUGGAGUGAGACGAGCAGCAGCAGUUGUGGGACUCAGCAGGCCCCAGAGGGGCUGCAGUACCAACCCCAGAAUUACCACUGUUACCAUCAGUCAAGCCCAGCCCAGCAGCCUCCAGAAAAAAAUGUAGUUUAUGAGCGAGUGAGGACCUACAGUGGGCCCAUGAACAAGGUGGUUCAGGCCUUGGACCCCAUCGGCUCACGAGAAGUGCUCUCCCCUCUCAAAACUGCCUCCUCCUACCAAAAUUUGGUUUGGAGCGACCGUUCCCAGGAACUCCAUUCUCCAACUCUGAAACUAUCUACUUGUGCCCCAAGCGCUCUACAUAUAACCCCAAAUACUGAACAGGAACUCCAUUCUCCAACAGUGAAAGUCACUACAUAUCCACAGACCACUAUUAGGAGAUACAUAGUACAAAAUCCUGAACAGGAACCACUGUCUCCAUUCCUAAGAGGAGGCCAUUUCUUUCCAGGAAACAAUGUUAUUUAUGAAAAAACGAUAAGAAAAGUGGAGAAGCUAAAUAUGGAUCAGGAAUGCUAUCCUCAGGUUCAGUGUCAUCAUCACGUUGUCCAACAGCCCCAGAUCAUCCACUCUCCACGCUGUCAACAAUCCCAUUCUAGCCAGCAAAUCCAAACCAUCGCAGGAAGUGAUUCAACUUCUACAAACACUGGAAAUGAACUGUGCCAUGGUGGAUCAAACCAUACCCAUGAGCAGGUGAUAAUUCAGGAUGAUGGCCCUGAAAAAUUGGACCCCAAGUAUUUUGGAGAGUUGCUUGCUGAUCUAAGCCGUAAAAAUACGGAUCUAUAUCACUGCUUAUUAGAACAUUUGCAGAGAAUUGGAGGAAGCAAACAGGACUUUGAGUCUGCAGAUGAGUCAGAAGACAUUGAAUCGUUGAUUCCAAAAGGAUUGUCAGAAUUUACAAAACAACAAAUUCGCUAUAUUUUGCAGAUGAGGGGUAUGUCUGAUAAAUCACUCCGGUUAGUGCUGUCCACAUUCAGCAACAUACGGGAGGAGCUUGGACAUCUUCAGAAUGACUUGACAUCACUGGAAAAUGACAAGAUAAGACUUGAGAAAGACUUGGCAUUCAAAGAAACUCAAAUAAAAGAGUAUGAAGAACUUUUGGCAUCAGUCAGAGCAAAUAAUCGCCAGCAGCAGCAAGGACUUCAAGACUCAACUUCAAAAUGCCAAGCAUUGGAAGAAAACAAUCUCUCUCUUCGGCAUACACUAUCAGACAUGGAGUAUAGACUAAAAGAACUGGAAUACUGUAAGCGUAAUUUAGAGCAAGAGAAUAAAAAUCUUAGAAUACAGGUUUCUGAGACUUGUACAGGCCCAAUGCUGCAGGCUAAAAUGGAUGAGAUUGGCACCCAUUACAUGGAGAUGGUUAAAAACUUAAGAAUGGAGAAAGAUAGAGAGAUCUCCAAACUAAGGACUCAAUUAAAUCAGUACCAAAAAGAUGUUUCAAGAAGAGAAGGAAGUUGCAGUGACUUCCAAUUCAAGCUUCAUGAACUGACAAGCUUGCUGGAAGAGAAGGAUUCCCUUAUAAAGCGUCAGUCAGAGGAACUCUCGAAGUUGAGACAAGAAAUAUAUUCAUCUCAUAACCAACCCUCCAGUGGUGGAAGGACUACUAUUACCACUAAAAAGUAUAGAACACAAUAUCCAAUCCUAGGCCUCCUGUAUGAUGACUACGAAUAUAUACCACCAGGUAGUGACACACAGACUAUUGUGAUUGAGAAAACAGAAGACAAAUGGACUUGUCCAUGAAUGAAUCUCCAACUCAAAGGAAUAUUGUUGUGUCUGCAUUAGUACUUUGUUAUUUUUCCAUAACUAGAGGCCAAUCAAUAUUUUGAACCAUGCUACUACUCAGCAAUCUAAUGGAAUUAAUUAGUUAUACAGAAGACAGUUUCUCCAGCCAUUAAUGAGGCCUGUAGCCUCAUUUUUGUAUUCAAUGUAGCAACACACCACUUGUUUAAACUUUAAUUACAGACACUGUAGGACUUAGUUUUACAUUAGUUUUCAAUAGGGUGCUUCCUAAACACUGGAUUAAUUUGUUAGGGUAGAGAUUUUACAGGUUAUUCCAUUAGAAGAUUUUCUCUGAUUUUGAAUGUGCAAUUCACCUACAAGAGUAAAUACUGUUUUUUAACAACAACAAAAAGUAACACUAUUGAAUUAAAAAAAAUCAGUUUAACUAGUGCAUGGUAUAUACAGUCUAUAUUUGAUUUUUUUACAUUAAAUCUUGUGAUUAGAAGAUACGAUUUAUUAUAUGCUAUUUAAUACCUCUGGGAGAUAUAACUAAAUCAAAGGUGGUGGUUAAUUUCAUUUAUCAGGGAAGUGGGAUAAUAUUUUUUAAAUAACUAAAUCUGCUAAAUUGCACAUUAUACUAUUAUGAUUCUAAGUACGUAUCAGUGGCUUGGCAAAUCUGUUCUUUUGAAGCAUAACAUCCCCAAAUGAGCCCACCCACUUCUUUAAAAACAUAUAACUAUAUUGUAGUCUUCGGAGGAAGGCAAGUGGGCUUUUUUAUAGCGGUAUACAAAACAUAAUAUUGAAAUACUGCGUAAAGGCUUAGGGAAUGAAAAUAGCAACAACAAAUACUUGAUAUCUGUAUUCUACUUGGGAUACUUGGGAGAAAGAGAUUAUCUAGUACAGUAAAUUAAUGUACUUAGAAGUUGGUUGAUUAAUUGGGCUCUAAUGACCUUACAGAGUGAACUAACAUAUUUUCUAAAUACAUUAGUAGAUAAGAAUGAAAUUUCUUAAUUUCAAACCCUCUGGUAAAAGUUAAGAAUUAGCAAAAAUUUAAAUGUUUGCAUUUGACAAUGUAUAGAUUAAGGUAACAAAUAAAUUCGGGUUAUAUGUGAGCAAGGUUUUACACUGAAACAUCUCUGCAAAUAUCUAUAUAGAAUUCUGUCAUUCUUUAUAACUACAUUCUAAUAGUUACUCAUUAUACUAAGAAACUGUUAAGAUAGGAACAUAUGAGGCACUAUACAAAAUGAAACCAUAAAUGAAGAGAAAUAUGCUUUUUAUACUCAUAUAAAUAUUCUAGUAAGUCUUGAUAUGAAGUGAAAAGCUCUGUUUUAUUAUCCUGAUACUUUGUGAUAGAAAAUGUUAAUAUUCUUCAUGAACUAUACAGUCCUUAUAUUUUUUCCUUGGUGUAGGAACAACAGGUUAGUUAGCUACUCAUAUAUGUAACUGUAACAAAAUUAUACCACGUUAUCUACCCAUUACAUAUAAUAUAAGUGGAAGUUUUUAGUAGCCUGAUAGAAAACUGCCACCAUAACUGAAAAUUAGAAUAAGUGUAAAUUUUUCAAAAAAAAAUACUCUUAAAUAAAAAUAACAGUGUCUAAAAUUUGGGACAUUUAAGAAGUCAGCACUUCAUUGGCUCACUUCAAAGUGAGUAAAUGGGGGUCAUAACAAGGUGCUUAUUAUACUUAGCAAAGUUAAAUGUAUUUCUUUUCCAAUUUUUGAUUAAUAGAAAUAGUGAUUUUUUUCUCUCACAACUUUCACACAGCUUUUCUCUGAAAAUUGCAAAGAUACUGUCAGGUGAGGAAUACCUGUUGAUCUAAUUUCUGUUCCAGCAUAUUUUGCUUCAGAUGUCAAAUAAAAUGGAGACUGUGUAAUGACAUGCAAAGUAAUUUGUUUAAGUGUUUAAAUAAAAUGUGUAUCUGUAUGGUCUUUGUGGAAGUCCUAGUAAGAAAUCUACAGGAUGGAUUUUUAGCUUGGUUGUAUAUUUUUGUCAGAAAGUUAUUAUCCUGUGAAUGUUUAUGUUACAGCUAACAAGCACCACUCUAAAAA